CUGGAUGCUGAUGAGAGAGAGAGAGAGAGAGAGAGCUGUCGUGAACGCGCCGGUCUGUGCGAUUGUGGUGGUGGUGGUGUAUGUGGGAGCAGGAGAAAAGACUCUGCAGUGUCUUGGCAGCUGCAUUAGUGCAUCUCCCACCGUCCGCGAUGCCUCCGCGGCCAAUGCCUGCCUCCUCUGCAUCCACUUGACUACAGAGACCGAUAUGAAGUCGUCAGGAAACUGAGCCGGACGUUCACACUACAGCUCGCUAUAUGCCCCGGAGACAGUCGGGAGCGUUUCAUUCACACACCGAAACCCCGUGACGAGAAUUUUUAAUGGAAAAUGGCGAUAGGCAAAAGCUCUUACAGCGUCGUAUGCUUGGUAUCAAUCCAGAUUAUCUUGGUUUUCAACGCAUCGUGGCCUGGAGCAGUGGGUCUCACAUUCCCCCAGCAAUACACGAUAAUGCACUGGGCCAGGCGUAUCGAGCAGGAGAUUGACAGAGUCUUUCAGCAAAUAACUGGAGCUCAGCAGUUGAAAGGGAUAUACAAUGAGGAAAGGCGACGGUUCAGUCUGGUGAAGAAUCAGCCUCGGAAGAUUGUGGAUAAGGUGUCUUCAGAUAUAGAGAAACUCUUGGCUAAGAAGCGCAAAGCCCUCGACAGGUUAGCCAGCGAAGCAGAGCGACUCCAGCGGGAGCAUCUGUGGCAGGAUGGAAUCAAGGAGCUGGACAUGGCUUAUUAUGACUCCAAGGCUGAGCUGGAUUAUUACUCAAUGGAUGGAGAUGGAGAGGUGGAAAAUCCUUCUCAUAUCAAGCUGGAGUUUGUUUAUGAUCCCAAUUUCAAAAACAACGUCAACUAUUCCUACACAGCUGUGCAGAUUCCCACGGAUAUUUAUAAAGGAGCUCCAGUCAUUCUGAAUGAACUGAACUGGACACAGGCGCUGGAAAAAGUGUUCAUGGAGAACAGCCGAGAGGAUCCGUCACUGCUGUGGCAAGCGUUCGGGAGUGCGACCGGAGUUACUCGCUACUAUCCAGCUACACCUUGGAAAGCACCUGAUAAAAUUGACCUGUAUGACGUCAGGAGGAGGCCAUGGUACAUCCAGGGUGCCUCAUCCCCUAAAGAUAUGGUCAUUCUUGUUGAUGUGAGCGGCAGCGUCAGUGGACUCACCUUAAAACUGAUCAAAGCGUCAGUGAUGGAAAUUCUGGACACUCUGUCUGAUGAUGACUAUGUCAACGUAGCCAGGUUUAACGAGAAGGCUGAGGCUGUGGUGCCUUGCUUCAAACAUCUGGUGCAGGCUAAUGUACGCAACAAAAAGAUCUUCAAAGAAGCAGUGCAGCAGAUGCAGGCUAAAGGCACCACUGACUACAAGUCUGGAUUUCAUUUUGCUUUCAAUCAGCUGUUAAAUAAGACAAAUGUCCCCCGGGCUAACUGCAAUAAAAUAAUCAUGCUGUUUACUGAUGGCGGAGAAGACAGAGCUCAGGAUGUCUUCAUGCAAUAUAACUGGCCCAACAAAACGGUUCGAGUAUUCACCUUUUCUGUGGGUCAACACAACUAUGAUGUCACACCCUUACAAUGGAUUGCAUGUACCAAUAAAGGUUACUAUUUUGAGAUCCGUUCCAUCUGUGCUAUAAGGAUUAACACCCAGGAGUACCUUGACGUGCUGGGACGCCCCAUGGUUCUGGCAGGCAGCGAUGCCAAGCAGGUUCAGUGGACCAAUGUGUAUCAGGAUGCUUUGGGCCUUGGCCUGGUAGUAACUGGGACCUUGCCUGUAUUUAAUCUGACAAUGGAUGGAAACUUGCAGAAUCAACUGAUAUUAGGUGUCAUGGGAGUCGAUGUGCAUCUUGAUGAGAUAAAGCGACUGACACCACGGUACAAUCUUGGAGCCAAUGGAUACAUAUUUGCCAUCGAUCCAAAUGGAUAUCUUCUACUUCAUCCUAAUCUCCAGCCAAAGCUUGUGAACCUCCCUGAACCUGUGACGCUGGACUUUCUGGAUGCAGAAGUGGAGGACAGCAAUAAAGAGGAGAUCCGACGGCAAAUGAUUGAUGGAAGACCUGGUGAAAUGCAGGUCAAAACUCUUAUCAAGUCGAUUGAUGAGCAAUACAUUGAUGAGGUGUACAGGGGUUACACCUGGACUGCUGUCAAUGGUACAGAUUACAGUCUUGGUUUGGUACUACCCCCUUACAAUGACUACUACAUCCAGGCAGACCUAAGUGAUGUGAUGCUACAGCUUCAGUAUAUGCAGUCAUUGCUGCCCAGCUCCUUUGAGUCAUCAGGACAUGUGUUUCUGGCUCCAAGGGAAUACUGCAAGCGCCUGCAUCUUUCUGACAACAACACCCAGUUUUUGCAGAACUUCCUUUCACUCAUGCUAGAUAUUUCUCCAGAGUCUGAUGAGUGUGACCAAGGCCUCAUCCACAACCUGAUUUUGGAUUCUAGGAUUAUUGGGCAGCUGGCCUCCCGUGUAUGGAAGAACAAGGACUUGAACUCGUAUGGCUUCCUGGCUGUAUUUGCAUCCACAGAUGGAGGAAUAACUCGGGUUUUCCCCAACAUAGCUGCUGAAUCAUGGGAAGAAGACCCUGAACCCUUUAAUUCAAAUUACUACAGACGAAGCCUUGACAACAGGGGUUACAUGUUUAGAGCUCCAUCCAGAGCCUCCUUGGAUGACCCUGUAAGUGAAAACGGCACAGUUGGCAUUCUGGUUAGUUCAGCUGUAGAGGUUAAUUUAGGAGGCAAACUGCUCAAACCUGCAGUGGUGGGAGUAAAGCUGGACUUGGAAGCAUGGGUCGACAAGUUUAAGAUCCUGGCCAGCAACGUGUCAGAUGGUCGACAGGGCUCUCACAAGUGUGGGCCAUCCAGAAGUUGUGAGAUGGACUGUGAAGUAAACACAGAUGACCUCCUCUGUUAUCUCAUUGAUGACGGUGGGUUCCUGGUCAUGUCCAAUCAGAGAGAUCACUGGAAAAAGGUUGGCCUUUUCUUUGGUGAUGUGGACCCUUACUUAAUGUAUGCGCUCUUCAACAACUCUAUCUUCACCCGGCGUCAGACUUUUCAGUACCAGUCUGCGUGUGAACCGUUCAGCAGCAGCCACACUGGUGCAGCACCGAGAGGCAUCUUUGUGCCAUCUCUUGCUGACAUGCUCAGCUUGGCCUGGUGGACAUCCACCGUAGCAUGGUCUGUGAUCCAGCAGCUACUAUAUGGACUGGCCUAUAACAGCUGGAUUUACCAAGAUGAUAUCCUAGUUGAAGGUUUUGAGACAAAGCAAAGCAGCUGUGUGACCAUCCAAAGCCAGUUCUACUUCACAAACACCACCAACUCCUACAACAUGCUGCAGGACUGUGGAAACUGCUCACGGCUGUUCCAUGCGAAGCGGAUAGAAAACACUAACCUGCUUUUUGUUGUCGCUGAGACACUGCCCUGCAGCUCCUGUGAGAUAGAGAGACUGGCCCAGGUCAGGACAGAGUUCCAGGAGGAGAAUCCAUGUGAAGUACUGAGCAAUGCACGAUAUCGUAAAGGCCCGACAUCCUGCUUUGACUACAGUGCCUUAGAAAACACGUCAGAGUGUGGACGGGGUCAUUCUCUGCAGUCCUCCAUACAAGUCCUUCUCUUUAUUCAGUUUACUCUGUGUCUCUUUCAUCUCUGACACAUACCAACACUAACACCUUUCAUCUCUUUAGGUUUAGGCUCAGAUCUACUGAAGGUCAGAUCAAACAGCAAUGGCAAAAUUCUUCUUUUUAAGAACUACAAACAGCAAACUGUGCUCUGGGGAAAAAAAAGUACCUGGAUCAGCUUUUAGUGUUUCUUGCUUUAUUGCUUGUGCAUCUGUUAGUGUUUCAGGGCUUGAGUUCCAAAUAUAGAAAGAGAAUGUGUUGAGUGUGCAUGGCACCUAAAUUAGCACGAGCAUGUCUGAAAGUGAUGCACAUGGGCUCAGCCAUGUAAACAAUCACCAAAAAAGUAAGGGAAGCAGCAGAAGAGUUCAUUUAGCAGAACAACACAUAAGAAACUAGCUGGAACAGAUGAGAAUUUUAGGUUUAAUUGUGGUGGUGAAAAUAUAUAUAUAAAAAAGAUCUGUUUACUCUGUGGUCAACACUCAGUAAAGGAAGAAAUAUGUAGAUCUUUUACUUAAGUAAAGCUGCAUAACUUAACUGGAGAAAUACAAGUAAAUGUUCUACCUUCAAGCUUUAUUUUAGAUUGUACAUUUAACUAUAUUAAAUGGAAAUACUCUUGUCAAAGGUUCGGGGGGUCUGGGCCAGCACUUGUGUAUGAAGUGACAUUUAAUAUUUCUCCUUUGAAAAUUGUGGAAAUUUGUUCCAAGAUAACAAAUACUGUUGAUGCAAAAUUACAACCCAGAGUUACAAAAUGACCACAGAGGGACGCAAAACAAUCCCAAAGAGAUUCUACACAAUGAUGAAGAAACAAAAAAUGACCAUAAAGAGGCAAAAUGACCACAAAGAGAGACAGAACUAUCAAAAUUAGAUGCAAAGCUACCAAAAAGAGACACACAAUGAUGCAAAACUAACAAAGAGAAGCAGAACAAGUAUGAAGACACUAAAGACUAAUGAUCUUAUUUAGAAGGGGUGGGGGCCCAUUUUGUUAUAACCCAUCCAUGCUUGAGUAAGUGUCCUUAGUUACUUUCACAACUGAAAAACAAACACUGCACAGGCUCGCUUUUAUUCAGAGAAGCUCUGUGAUCGGCCACACACAGUUGGGUGACACUGUACAACACAGAAGAAACAGUAUUCUGAAUUUUUUGAUUUUUCAUUGUCACUUUUGAAUACCUAGUUGAACAGAUCUGUACAUGCUUAAGUUUAUAUGAAUCUUUUAGAAUCUUCUGUCUCUGGGACAUCUCACCUUAACACAACUGACAAUUUUACAUUGUCCACACGACACACUAAACUAACUGCUACAGCCUGAAAACAUAAAUGGACAGAAUCUGCUGCUGGUGGAGCUUUAUGUUUCAGACUCUGUGUAAUUUGCUCAGAUGCUGCUUGUAACAACUUUUGGUUUUCUUGGCCUAAAAUGAAUUGUCUAAUGUUUUUAUUUGCAUGUCCAGUCCUGGAAAUUGUCUCUGCACAUAGAGGAGCUCCUGUACUUACAGCUAUUUUUACAUGAUAGUAGAUCUGAGCCUUAACCUCACAUUUACUUCAGUGUCGUUCAAUCCACCUCUGACCUUUGCCAAGACAGUUUAAGUACUGCGAAAUUUGACCACACUGUACAUGACAUGGCCCACAAUGGUUUUCUGCUGCCGUCUCAAGUAUGAUCGGUCUCUUCAAUCUUUAAAUCCAACCAGAUUUCUGACAAUAUUUAGAUGAUUUAGGAAAGUGUUUUUCUUUUCCAGUAAUUUCAUAACUAGACUUUUCAUUACACAUGUCUGUGAUGAAACAUCUGUGUAGUUUCAUUAUGAUACAAGGACUGUAUGUACAGUAAGUCAAGUUUGAUUUGUUGAAAUGCUUCCACAGAUACUCAGUAUGAUCUUGAAGUGCUUCCUGUCAAGUAAGAAGUUGUUAAGGGAUGUAAAAUCAAACAGAAGACCAAAUUCAUCAAAUAUUAACUGAUUUUGCAAAGUAGUAUUGCAUCUACAAUUCAAUAUAAUAUUUAGGAACAUGCAACGCUGCACAUUGUUUGGUGCAAUAAUGUUAUUCUGAUUUGACAGUUUAGCAGUAAUAUUUGGUUACAUGCAGUGAUAUUGGUGCAGUCAUAUAGCACAAAACGUGCAGAUGUCAGUGUGUGGUCGACAUGUUUUUAAAUAAUAUUGCAUCCCUUUUUUAAUUGAUGGGAAGCUCUUUGUCCCUUUUUGUAUUAUGUAUUGCCACUAUUUGUCAAACCAGAAUUUGUGCACUUAUGUAUGCUUCUAUAUGAGGAAUGUAGCUUCUGAAUAGCUUUUGUCGUUAUCAGCGUGUUAUCAGUGUGUGCUGCUUUUUGGCCCUCUGUUGAGAUCCCCCUGAUGUCUCACUGAAAGCGAUGAUUCACUGUGGCAGAAUAUUUCAUUUUAUCAUGCAUACCUCAUAAUGGCAGCAAUAUCUAAAUCAAACUUAUUUAAUUAUGAAGCUGUGAGACUAAGCGGUUUAGUCACAAUGAAAUGUCUGUCCAGUAUUGUAUGGGAUAAUCUCUGGAGUUAGAAGCGACGCUUGCUGAUUCAUUUUCUGUCAAUCGACUUCUCAUUUCAGCUCCAACAGACAUGUUUAUAGAGAUUUAAAGAUUAUUUUCAAAUUCAAAGAGUGAGCAGGAUGUUCAGUAAGCUGACAGGUUCUUUUUAACUGUCUCUACAUUAAUUUCACAAAUUAAACUACUGUACGGCUAAUGAUAUUUUAAAAAACACUGUGUUAAUUAUUGUGCUAUAUUAAAGCUCCCCUAUAAUCCUAUUUGAAGAUGUAUAAAAAUACAGUGCCUGAAUUAAUCAUUUAUGCUUCAUAUGAAUUUUUUCCACCAAAAACAAGUAAAAAUUUCUUGCAAUUAACUCUACUCCUCCCAAAUAAAAAAAAUCUAGAAUCUAUAAAUAUGCAAGUAUUUCUUGUUUAACUGCUGCACACAAGAUGUCUCCUACUUCACUGUGAAGUCCAUUCUCAGUUUUUAUAAGCACUGGAGAUUUUGAGUUUCCACAUCACGCUUAUACUUGCUAAAUAUUCCAAAACCUAAUUGUCAGAUAUCUAAAGAUGAGCACAAAGAAAAAUUUAUUCUACUGAAGAAAGUCAUCACUUUCUUCAAGCAAGAAGCUUGAGGACUUAUGCAUGCUGAAAUCCUGAAAACAUUUUGCCACAGUGAUUUAUCAACCCCAGAUGUCUUUUUGUGUUACAGAGUUAAAUGGGGAAUAUUUUUAAAAAACAUUUUUGACAAAAUAUUUGUAAAAUGCUUGUGCUACAUGUUUUUCUCCGUCUGCCUGGUGUUCCACCCUGUAGUGCCUUGUUGCACUCGGUUUGGAUGGCAGGUACAUUUGGAUUUUAGCUGUGCUCGUUCACCCUGCAGGCCAUGGGAAGGACACACUUGAUUUCAAGGGUUGCAUUGUUUCAACUCUAAAAGGACUUCUUGGUCUGAGAAUAUUAACAGCUGCUCCUCAUGAACUUAUGAAACCUUUUUCAAGGAGCACAGAGGUGAAAGAGCACAAGUGUGUCAUGGAGCUGGACAGAUGUUUGUCAAAGCAUCAAGAGCAAACCCUGCUGCCGUUCUAUGUCGUUUAUCUCUACACUGUGGUUCAGCUUUGAAUCAAAGCACAGACACUGUCCAUUUUUCAGUGAUUUCUACUUUGUCUCCUCUGCACACUGUACAUUCUAUAUUUGAAGCUUGUUGGAAGCAUACUUUUCCAUUCGGACUGACUGAAACGAGUGAAUGUUUAUGUAGAGUAUACCUACCUUUGUGCAUCUUUGCCGUAACCGAGCAUGGUAGGGACCUAGAGAAGCAGAUGAAAGCUCAACACUGUUCGGAGACCUCAGAAAAACACUGCUUACAAAACACACAACAAAAGCUAGUACUCUGAGACCUGCAGUAUUUACUCUAGGUCAUGUUGCAUUAUUCAAACAACACUGUUAUACAUUGGAGGAAAGGACUUUGUGGAACUCUUUAUAGCCUACAAUAUAUUACUAGUGUUGAGGUCAGUGUUGUAGUUUCAUUUUAAAUGACCGGUAUUUAUUUGCAUGAUAUUUUGAAGAAUUUACAGAUCUGUGUACAUAGUCUGAUGCGUAUUUUACAUUACUGUCCACACCUACUCCCCAGUGCUGAGGGGAGAAGUGAGGGACACCCUCUGUAGAUAUUUUUGCUGACGUGGAGGCCUCAGAGCGCUUUGCUGUGCGGAAACAAAUGAAACUGAAAGUUUGACUUCAGUGAAGCCUACAGUUCCAUGUUUGCCACUUGGAUCUAUUGCAGCCAGUAAAAGCACAGAGAAGUUUAGAGUUAUGAGCAACAUACUGCCUGAUCAGUCCUUUGAAUUUUGGACAAAUGUCCUCAAGUGACACAAAAAUGCUGAUGCAAUUAAAGGCUGUAUAACAAAUA